CGGCGCCUGGGCGGGCGCGGAGCUGGCGAGCGGGUGGCGGAGGCGGCGCCGACUGGGGCCGCUGAGGCGCGCGGAGGGUCUGCGGCGCCCGGGAGCCUGUCGCUGGCGCGGUCCGGGCGGUAGGCUCGGCGGCGGGCGGCAGCAUGUCGGUGGCGGGGCUGAAGAAGCAGUUCUACAAGGCGAGCCAGCUGGUCAGUGAGAAGGUUGGAGGGGCUGAGGGGACCAAGCUGGACGAUGACUUCAAAGAGAUGGAGAAGAAGGUGGACGUCACCAGCAAGGCGGUGACUGAAGUGCUGGCCCGGACUAUCGAGUACCUGCAGCCCAACCCAGCCUCGCGGGCUAAGCUGACCAUGCUCAACACGGUGUCUAAAAUCCGGGGCCAGGUGAAGAACCCCGGCUAUCCGCAGUCGGAGGGGCUCCUGGGCGAGUGCAUGAUCCGCCAUGGGAAGGAGCUGGGCGAGUCCAACUUUGGUGAUGCAUUGCUGGACGCUGGUGAGUCUAUGAAGCGCCUGGCGGAGGUGAAGGACUCCCUGGACAUAGAGGUCAAGCAGAACUUCAUCGACCCCCUCCAGAACCUGUGCGAGAAAGACCUGAAGGAGAUCCAGCACCACCUGAAGAAGCUGGAGGGCCGUCGCCUGGACUUUGACUACAAGAAGAAGCGGCAGGGCAAGAUCCCUGAUGAAGAGUUGCGCCAGGCACUGGAGAAGUUCGAGGAGUCCAAGGAGGUGGCAGAAACCAGCAUGCACAACCUCCUGGAGACGGACAUUGAGCAGGUGAGUCAGCUCUCGGCUCUGGUGGACGCGCAGCUGGACUACCACCGGCAGGCCGUGCAGAUCCUAGACGAGCUGGCCGAGAAGCUCAAGCGCAGGAUGCGGGAAGCUUCCUCUCGCCCCAAGCGGGAGUAUAAGCCCAAGCCCCGGGAGCCCUUUGACCUCGGAGAGCCUGAGCAGUCCAAUGGGGGCUUCCCCUGCGCCUCAGCACCCAAGAUCACAGCUUCGUCGUCUUUCCGAUCUUCUGACAAGCCCAUCCGGACCCCUAGCAGGAGCAUGCCACCCCUGGACCAGCCGAGCUGCAAGGCGCUGUAUGACUUCGAGCCUGAGAACGAUGGGGAGCUGGGCUUCCGUGAGGGCGAUGUCAUCACGCUGACCAACCAGAUCGAUGAGAACUGGUAUGAGGGUAUGCUGGAUGGCCAGUCGGGCUUCUUCCCACUCAGCUACGUGGAGGUGCUCGUGCCCCUGCCACAGUGACUCGCCUGUGACCACACCCUGCCCCUCCGUCCACACUGGCCGCCACCCCCUGCAGGGUCUCCUGCAUUCAACGGGGCCCCUGCUGCCAGGGCGGUGUCCCAGCCUGCAGGUGCCCUUGAGGUACUCCCUGAGCAGGGCCCCACACUUGGGUUGGGGGGCUCAUCUGGGUGGGUGGGGAUGCCUGUUUAUGCUAGCGCUGACCCCCAAUGGUGAUGGCUCCCUUCCCAACUCCAUGGC